ACACACAAAAUAUCAUAUAAUCUUUGUUCCUACUUGUUCAAGUUAAGAUACAAUAAAAUGUAUGAAGGUUCUACUUAAAUGCUCAAAUAAACUAUCAUACGAAAUAAAGUGCGUCAAUGAUAUAAUUGAACAACAUUUUUUUUAUAAAAAAGCAGAUUAUUACGUCUGACGGAAAUGUAAUUUCCGAACGAAGCGAACAAUGUAGAAGUUUCCGGAAAUUACUUUUAUUUCAGAGGGAAAUUCAAGGCAAAAUUAUUUGUUUAUAAUGAGAAAAGUGAAACACAUACCUACAAUAUACAUAACCAUAAUACCAGAAAUGGGGAUUUCUAUUUUAGGAAAUGGAUCAAAUCGGUAAUAUACAAACUGAUUUUCAGCGAUUUUUAUAAAGUCGGUUUUCAGGCUCAAUGAUUUUUAUUUAAUUUAAUGUCAUAAUAUUUUCAUAACAUCUUCCAUUAUCUAUUAAUUAUCAACAUUGUUAUCAGCUCAAUGAUACUUUGACAAAAUAGGAGGUAUCACCGUAUUGAUUGCAAAAACACUGUGCGGUUGGUAGUUCUGAUUGUUUUGCUAAACGCGCGCACCCCGCCCACAAAUGGCUGUCAAGUGCAAAAGUGAAUUGAUGAUAUAUUUUAUUAUAUUUUAAGAUUAUUACUCCCUAGGUUUAUGUAUAAGUGUAUUAGCUAUGUAUUUAGAUAGUUUAUAUAUUUUUUAAUGAGUGAGCAGGUUUUAUAUUGCCUAGUCCGUGUAAUAUAGGAGUGAAAAUAGUUAUGAAUGAGUGUAUUAUUAGGUAUAAUAUUAGAUAAUUAAUUCUCAGCUGGUCGUAGCCUGUGGCGAUAAUAAAUUGUGUGCAAAACACAAAUAGAAAGCAGCUCCAUACAAUGGUCCGAUGUUCCACCCACUGAGGGCAUCGUACGGCCACUGACAUUCCUCCAACAGCGUGCACCGAGGCGUACCGAUGCAUUUUUGGAUAGACAAACGCAGCCAGUGUGCCUACACCGGCCGCCAUCGUGUUCCAUCUUCCCUUUCAGCUGGGCGCGCGCGGGGCCGCGUGUGUGCGAGCGGGGGCGCGGGCGCGGGCCGCAAGGGCAUGGCGGCGCCCGUGCACCGCUUCGCCGCCGUCGACUGCCCGCCGCGCCGCCCGCACCGCUCGCACCGACAUGCCGGGCCUCCACCGAUGCCGGCUGUCCACGCGACGCGGCGGCAGAAUGACGAGCCGAGCUUGUACGUGGAGAUACCAGCCGAGCCUCCGCAGCCGACCAUCGCGAGUCUCGCGGCCGCCCGCUCCGUCACCCCCGACACGUUACUGCGCACCGCAGCCCUAGGGCUCCACCACUCGCCCAUGAUGGCGCCGCACCUCAAGUUCGGCAUGCUGGUCUCCUUCGCACUGGCUACUGUCUUCCUGGCUGGGGCGAAGUAUUACUUUGAUCGGCAGGUGAUGAGGUCGGGCGGCGCGGGGUCGGGCGGCGAGGCGAGCGUGGUGUGCGCGGCGGUGGCGUGCGUGUGCGGCGUGGGCUGCGCGCUGUCGCUGUGCCGCGCGCGCCCGCCGCCGCCGCUGCCGCCCGACCGCGUCUCCUCCACGGCGCAGCGCGACCGACACCCUCCACCAUCAGAACCAUCUGACGACAUAUCGCUGGCGACCCUUCUACAAUCCUCCGAGCGCUCGCAGCCCGUCACCGAGUCCCCUGAGGCGCCGCCCCCGUACAAGAUCGCAGUCCUGAUGCCUGGCCGCGACGCUAGCCCUCCGCCCCCUGCAUACAGCUCACUCAGCUAGCUAGCGGCUCCCGUGAGCCAGGAGUUCAUCAUAUAGACUGCACAUGAGGGUAAGGUUAUAACUCAAUAGUUUAAAAAAGCACCAAUUAUUUAUACCAACUUUUUAACGAACUAAAAAGGUAUAAAUUUUGCUUAAACAUUGGCAACACCGAAUUUUUGUCUCAAGGUGUUGCCAGUUUAUUGUAGCUUUUUGGAAACAAUGUGAUGUUUUGGUGAUAAACUCAAUUUUGACGCAAAAGUGGCAGGCAAUAAAGCAUCAUGAAUAAUAUCAAUUUUAUGUGGCUUCCAUCGUUAUUUUAUUGUAUGAAUAUGAAGCCAAAUUUUGUCAUUAGCUCAGCAAAUAUUGCUUGGAUUGUUGAAUAUUAUAGGUGCAGUGUUUUUACAUGCUCGGAAAGUUAAGCGUUUUUAGAGUAAAAGUGGCCCUAACCUUACCCUAGUCUAUAUGUAAACUACGUAUAAUCCUGACUCACGAGUAUCACCUUACAAAAAUAUCACUGAAAUGAUCUUAAUACCUUCACGAUCACCUUUCGAAGUUCCCACCUUUUGCUAAGAUUCCAAUGUCCUCCCCUUUCCUUCCUUCUCUUUGAAUUUUGGCACUGUUCAAUAACUAUCUGCAAGAAAUUAAAAAUCCUUUAUGAUUUUUUAAAACAACCUGUGUUUUGUAAAGCCCAGUAUUUAAUAUUCAUAUCUUGCCAGUGUUAAAAACCUGUAAUGUUACCAGCUAUUUAUUUUUGAUGUCCCUAAAUAUCUUCUAUCUCUAUCUUCGUUCACCUGUUAGAAAGUAAGAGUAAACAUUUUAGUUUAGUCUGUGUCCAAUUAAAAUAUCGUUUUGAACAUUUUAUGGGGAAUUUUAACAUUCAUUCUUAAAUGUAAGUUGGUCCUUAUAUAAUAAUUGUUGUUAUGAAAAUGGUAUGAAAAAAGGGUAUGCGAAGCAAACUAUAUAGCCUUGCUUACUUCGCUGACGUAGGACAUAAGGUAGGCUAAAGAAACAAUCUUAAAAUUCCCCAUAAAAACUUGGUUUCCGACCAAAGAUUGAUGUUUAAGCCGUAAGUAUAUGUAUGUUAUAUGUUUCAAAGCCUGAUGGAAUAAGCUCUCUGCUGUAAUAGAUCUCUUAACUCAUUAUAUAGCGUACGGUAGGACUUACCGAUCAUAAGUCGAUUUUAAAAUGUAAAUAACAAUAAAUGCGGUGUUCAAUAAUCGGCAGAAAUAUUGAAGAUAUUUUUAGAAUUGUCUCGAAACUAGUUUUGUAUGCCAUAUAACGAUAGAGAGAUAAUCUUAAACCCCAUUUUACUCUGUACAUGUUAGUAUAGUAUAGUUUAGUAUGUCUGUAUUUAUAUGUGCUGACGUAAAUGCCUACAGGUGUAUGAAAUUUACAUCCAAUCUCGUGACCACGGCUAUAGUUUAAAAAUUAACCAAAUCCUGCCAAAAUAUUAGACUCAGAUUGGUUGUAAAAUUUAGACAUCUACUUAUAAUCAUUACAAUUUCAAUAGCACUUCAGUGCACUGCCAACUUGAAUCUGCUGAUAAGGGUUGCCAGAAACGGCAAUUUCAGAGUUACCAGAUUAAAAAAAUAAUAUACGAUUGGUAGUUUUUCGGAAAUUUUCAUGCACUUUUAAUAGGAUCUGUUCAGACACAUUUUAAUACAUUUUUACAUUAGAAUGCUGAAUUCAAAUAAAAGAUCUGGCAACCUGUACUUGUUUAAAACCAGCAGGACUUAUUAUAGUAUAUAAUGUGGUGAAUUGAUUACAUUAUAGCGGUGCUGUACUUUUGUAUAUUUUGUUAUUAUUUGUUUACUUACAGUAUUAAAUUGUACGGAGGCCAGAAACUAUUUGACUGAGGUAUCGACGCACAAUCGAAUGUAACCGUUUGAAGUUCUGGUUCUCUUUUAAAAUACCUAUUAAUUUCGGAAUAAUUUAGAGUAUACUGAAAUCUUUUAGAUUGCUGUUUAGUACAAUAAAAUUCUUUAUAUUCUGGUUAUAAAUUAACUUAAAUAGCUUUAAAUGUAAUGAUAUAAAGAAGUACAUCACCGUAAAAAUGAACUUAAAAUAAUAAUAAUAAUGAUUAAUAACGUAAGUCUAGUCAUUCGUUAGUCAUAAUAAAUGUGAUGUUAUUUAGUUGGACGUUAUAUUUUGUUGGCGUUUAAUUAUUUUACAUUCGAAUAAUAUCCUUUUUAUAGAAAAGGAGGUCAGUUCGUCUUUUAUAACAGACGCUUCGUUAUUAAAGAUUGUAUAUCUGUGA